AGAGGUGGAAGGAAUAUUAUGUGGACACUACCUUUUCCUGGCAAUUCCUCGUCUUUUUUUUUUUUAUGGUCCUGGCGCCAUAUAUUCUUUCUUUUGGCAUCUCAAUUUUUAAACCAAUCAACAAAAAAUCCCCCAUUCAAACCCCCUACUAUUAUCAUCGCAUCUCUCUCUUUUCUUGCGACAAAAUUCUCCCUUUCUUUCUCAAGUUACUUCCCCGCUCAAAACAAAAAAAAAAAAAAAAAAAAAAAAAAAAACUCUGCUUUUACUGUAUUUGCCGGGAAAUUUGAGUUGAAGAAUCUCGGCAGCCGAAACCCAUAAGGAGAAGAUGGUUUCUCCUGAAAAUCCCAACUGGGUAUUUGAUUACGCCUUGCUAGAAGACAUUUCUGUCCCUGGCGGUGAUCUACCUUCUCUUGAUCCUCCAGGGGUACUCUGGUCAUCUCACUCUUUCUCCACCGGAUCCGCCACCGACGCUAAUCCUCACAGUGUGGAGUUUAAUGAUUCCUUAAGAAAUUCGGAUGGGCUUAAGGAAGCAGGGUCUCGGAAACGGGUGAGGCCGGAAUCAUGUAGCUCCUCUGGUUCCAAAGCUUGUCGAGAGAAAAUGCGGAGGGAUAGGCUCAACGAUAGGUUCCUGGAAUUGAGUUAUGUUCUGGAUCCUGGAAGGUCUCCCAAAGUAGAUAAGUCUCUUAUAUUGGUUGAGGCUGUUCGAAUGGUGAAUCAGUUACGUGAUGAAGCUCGAAAGUUGGAGGAGUUGAAUCAGGAUCUGCAGGAGAAGGUCAAUGAACUAAAGGCCGAGAAGAAUGAACUCCGGGAUGAGAAGCAGAGGCUAAAGACUGAUAAAGAGAGUCUUGAGAGGCAGGUGAAAGCCUUAGGUUCUCAGCCAGGUUUCCUUCCUCACCUUCCGGCCAUUGCAGCUCCAUUUUCUGCCCCGGCUCAAGUUGUUGGUGGCAAGCUGGUCCCAUUUGUUAGCUAUCCUGGUGUUUCCAUGUGGCAGUUCAUGCCGCCUGCUGCAGUUGAUACCUCACAGGACCACGUCCUCCGUCCACCUGUUGCUUGAGAGUUGAGAUUGCAGUCUUCAGUUUUUGCUCGGCUUAUCAUUUUCAUCAGACUUAACCUUGUUUAUAUGGAUUCCGCCAUUCAUCCUCCCUUUCAAACGUCCCCAUUUUUGGCAAAGGUUGGUAAAGAAUAUAAAGGAUAGUUACAGGCAUGUGGUGGGAAAAUUAGGAGUUUUCUCAUGGAGUAUUUGAUAAUUAAAAUUUAAGAUUUUGAUCAAAGAAAUUUGGUUAUUUCUGCUAGCA